AUGGACUUCUCAAUCCCAGAAGAGUACCGCGACAAGCUGCAGCCUGUUGAGGUUACAGACCACCGCAGUGACGCUGAAAUAUUUGCAAGCUUCCUGGAAUACAGGCCAGUCACCUCGGAGAAAAAUGUAUGGGCUUAUUGGCACUCCGGCGUGACCAGCAUGCCCAAGUGGUGUCAAAAGAAUGCCAUUGAUUGGGUACGCAUCCUCGGUCCAGAAUGGACUGUCCGCAUUCUGGAUAACGUAUCCGGCUCUCCUAACAAUACACUUCGCUACGUUCCGGAAAACCUGCUGCCACCGGCUUUUGUAAACCAGACAAUGGAUGGGCUAUAUCUCGGCCAGCACGGCGCAGAUUUGACACGCUCAGCAUGCCUCUACGAGCAUGGCGGAGCUUGGAUGGAUGCAGGAAGCAUUCUCAUGCGGCAUAUCGACCGUAUCUGCUGGAAUGAGUUGCAGAAUCCAGAUUCGCCAUACCGUGUAGCCAUACCAAUAAUCUACGGUCUUGCGGGAGCGAACCACUUUGUGGCAGCGAGAAAGCAUGACCCCUUCAUUUACCGAUGGCACCAACUCUUCACGCAUGUUUGGGGCAACAAUAAGAAUUUCAGGGGCUUACUGUCGAAUCCACUUCUUGCCCCCGCUGUACCCAUGAUGUUCGAGGGUGCGGACAAAAACUUCGAACUUGACUGGAUUGACCAACAAGUGGCUCUCGAGUACGUAACUCAGCUUGUGUGCUUUGUGCGUAUCUUCUGCACUGAGGACGACGGCGAGGGGUUUUCAGGAGUCGAAUACUGGAAGAACAACAUCCUUUCUUUUAGCGCACUAGAGGAAGACUGGCGUGGUGAGUUGAAGUCAAACUUUAACGGGUUCGGUGAGCGUGCUCUUGAAAUUUUGAAACUGCCACGCUCGGGAUCCGAUGCGGACCCAAAAUCCAAAGAAUACCAGGACGCAGAGAAGUUGAUCUGGGAGCUGCUUUCUAACGCAAGCAUGUGGAAAAUUACUCACGCAAAAGGCUUGACACACUCAGUGCAUCUAGGCACGCUGCUUGACUUGCCUGAAAACGAGGGGAAGGAUGCAGCACCUAACACGUUUGGCGAGUUGCUGCGAUAUGGAACUGUGAACCUGCGGCAGACUCGGGACAGUGUUGUGAUAUUGCCAAAGCAUAUUCCAAGUCAGACAUGGAAGAAGGGAAUUUUAGAGCCCUGA